AUGGCGUUGCGAUUCCGGGCCCCGAAGCAGUCUCAACGGGUUAUGCCCGUUAAGCCCACCAAGGGCCACUUCUUCUUCGCCCACAAGGAGUUCGAGCGCGUUCCCUGGUGGAAGAGAAAGAACAUGCGCACCCUGUACAUCUACAUCGUCAUCCUCAUUCUGACCAACACCGCAAACGGGUUCGAUGGCUCCAUGAUGAACGGUCUUCAAACUCUCUCCUACUGGCAGGAAUACUUCGACCAUCCGCGCGGUGCCCUUCUCGGUCUCUUUAAUGCGUCCAUGAGUCUUGGCUCACUGAUCGGUCUGUUCAUCGUGCCUUAUAUGAUUGAUGCUUUCGGCCGCAGGCUCGGCUGUUUUGUUGGAUGCCUCAUUAUGUUACUUGCCGUGGGUCUGCAAUCUGGCGCCACUGGUUUUGGGAUGUUCGUCGCUGCCCGUUUGCUCAUUGGAUUUGGGGACUGUAUCGUUCUUGGCAGCGCCCCUCUCUUGAUCGCCGAGAUAGCACAUCCCCAAGAUCGUGCCGUUCUCGUCACGCUCAGUGGUGCUUCUUACCAUUCCGGUGCGUUCAUUGCCAGCUGGGUGACCUUGGGCACUUUGAAGAUUGAGAGCGAUUGGUCCUGGAGACUUCCAAGCCUGUUGCAGGCUAUUUGCACAAUCGUCAUUGUGUCUGGUAUUUGGCUGAUGCCAGAGAGCCCUCGUUGGUUGAUGAGCAAGGGCAGACACGAUGAGGCUAUGCAGGUCCUCGUCAAAUACCACGGCGAGGGGAACCCGAACGACGAAUUUGUGCAUCUGGAGUAUGCCGAAAUCAAGGCCGCCAUAAAUCUGGACAAGGAGAUUAACCAGACUGGUUGGGUUGACUUCUUGAGAACUAAGGGCAACCGGAAGCGAAUCGGCCUGAUCACCGCCCUGGGCCUCUUCAGUCAGUGGAGUGGCAAUGGCCUGAUCUCUUACUAUCUCAAGUAUGUCAUGGAUAGCGUCGGUAUCACAAAGGCCUCCACCCAGCUCGGAAUCAACGCUGGCAUCAAGAGCGAAGCAUUAGUUAUGAACUUCCUGCUCGCCUUCUUCAUUGAUAGAUUGGGAAGACGUCCCAUCUACAUAGUCUCAACAGUUGGUACGUUCCUGGUCUUCAACGCCUGGACCAUCGUAUCGGCUCGGUAUGACAUCGCGCCGAAUAAUGCGUUGGGAUACAUCUUCGUGGUCCUGACCGUCUUGUAUGGUUUCUUUUAUGAUAUCAAAUCUGGUCUGAUGGCAACUUACACGACUGAGAUUCUUCCCUAUGGCCUUCGUGCCAAGGGCUUCACCUGGCUGAACUUCUGCGUCACCGCGGCACUCUUCUUUAACCAGUAUAUCAACGCGAUUGCUCUCGAUGCAAUUGCCUGGAAAUAUUACAUUGCGUACUGUGUAUUCCUAGCAAUGGAGGUGUGGGUCAUCUACAGCUUCCUCAUUGAGACACGUUACACCCCUAUGGAGGAAAUUGCCAAGUACUUCGAUGGCGAUGAUGCGGUUGAUCUUGGUGAGAUGGCCGUCGCGGAUAUGAAGGAGCAGGCAAGGGAUGCAGGGGGCAAGACAGCUGUCGUCCAUGUCGAAGUGAGGGAGUAA